UUCCGGACAGCUCUUCGCUAGACCCACCUGGGUUCGUGGUUCCCUCCGCUGCCUGGCCCAUCACCGUCACCUACCCAAAACCCUUACAGAUUUCUUCUUAGUAAUUGCUUGAAGAUCCAUUGGCUGAAUGGCAGCUGUGGAUGACUUGCAGUUCGAAGACUUCGGUGAUGCAGCUUCUGCUCUAGCAGCAAGCCCAGAUGAGACCACGAUAAGCAUUGAGGAUCCCAGUGAAACCCCGAAGCAUCAGCCUGGGGCCCCAAGAGGCUCAAGGAGAGAAGAGGAUGAUGAGUUACUGGGGAACGAUGACUCUGACAAAACCGAGUUACUUGCUGGACAGAAGAAAAGCUCCCCCUUCUGGACAUUCGAGUACUACCAAACGUUCUUUGACGUGGACACUCACCAGGUCUUUGACAGAAUAAAAGGCUCUCUUUUGCCGAUACCAGGAAAAAACUUUGUGAGAUUAUAUAUCCGCAGCAAUCCAGAUCUCUACGGCCCCUUUUGGAUAUGUGCCACACUGGUCUUUGCCAUCGCAAUCAGCGGGAACCUUUCCAACUUCUUCAUCCACCUUGGAGAGAAGACUUACCAUUAUGUGCCCGAAUUCCGCAAAGUGUCCAUAGCAGCUACAGUCAUCUACGCGUACGCCUGGCUGGUUCCUCUCGCUCUCUGGGGCUUUCUCGUGUGGCGUAACAGCAAAGUCAUGAACAUCGUGUCUUAUUCCUUCUUGGAGAUCGUGUGUGUCUAUGGAUAUUCACUCUUCAUUUACAUCCCCACGGCAAUCCUGUGGAUUAUCCCCCAGAAAGCUGUUCGUUGGAUUCUAGUCAUGAUUGCCCUGGGCAUCUCCGGCUCGGUCUUGGCGAUGACCUUCUGGCCAGCUGUUCGGGAAGAUCACCGACGCAUUGCGGUGGCCACGGUUGUGACGAUUGUAUUGCUUCAUACGCUCCUCUCUGUGGGCUGUCUGGCAUACUUUUUUGAUGCGCCAGAGAUGGACCAUCUCUCACCUACAGCUUCUCCAAACCAAACAGCGGCCACGGCCAAGUCCAGCUAAGCAGAAGUUCUCCUUUAUGUGUUCGUGGGACAUGGUUCUUUGGGACGUGGCCUCCACCCCAGGGGAGCAGGACGGCCAAAGCCAGCGAGAACACUGAUGGAUUGGCACCAAGCUCAGCAUGGCUGGUGCUGAGCUGAAGCCCCGUCGCCUAUUUAACGACCAAGCCGUCAAUGUUGUGCAGAACAUGCGCCUUCCAGCUCCUCUCUCUCACCUACCGUCCCACAGUGACCGUGCACUAAUUCCCAGUGAAAUGCAGGAGAGUGGGGUGGGUGUGCUCAAGUGCCCCCCAUCUGCCUCCCGGUCACGUGGCAUGCUUCACUGUCAGUACACCCUAAAAACCUGAGGCCGACCCAUCCUGACUCCUGCUGUCUCAUUUCAGAAUGAUGUACACAUCAGCUAGGUGACUCUCGUGCAACUAAGCUAUAUGCAUUUAGUUGGUAUUAAGUGGGAACCUGAACAUUUUGUCUUUGGUGACCUGAUCCUGGGAAACUUGGCCUAAUAGCUGCAAAAUAAACACGUACCUCACAUAA